AUGGUCAUGGCUUUCAUGGCGAGGCGGCCACCCUCCCUCAUUGUCUUGGGGGACGCCGAACUGCAACCAUAUCUCCAGCGCAAAUUUCUGCAGUCUCUGGUUUUGGAAUUCAAUCACCUACACUUGAAUGAUCUAGAUGAUCCGAACUACCGCGAUGCCGACGGUAAUGAUAACAGUGGCAGCCCUUCUACUAGCCCCCAUGACGAGAUCCUCACAACUUUCUACCCCUCAGCAGGAGUAUCAUCCGGUACUGGAGCCGCCUCCUCUCAGGACGUUGCGGGUUCCCUCUUAACAUUGACUCCAACCGCCUCGUUCCUUGCUUCUGGGAUGACGGAGUCGGCCCACCUAGCUUCUGACCCAAACAACCCGUCCACCAGCUCUACUACUCCUACUACUACUACUGCUGCUGCUACUACCAAUCAAAAUUUGCCUUCGUUGCGACCUCGUGGCCGACCUUCUUCGAGUCUCAAUAUUCGACUUCCACGGCGAGUGGCAUUUGUUGUGGCUCCACGGAAUCGUCCACGGACAACUGCUUCUCGGCGAUGUAGACAGAAAGAAAACCACCGGCAUACCAAGCAAACAAUUCCAGACGUGAAAUCAUGGCUUUUCACCAUGCCAAAGCCACGUCUAUCUCUCGGGGCCAUUCCGGAUAUGACCAUGGGCAGUGUCCCACUACGGGACCUAGCUUUAGCGUCGACAAUGUCUUACGAGGCAGUUCUGGCCGCGACAAUGGUCUCGCCAUCCGUGGCAGCGGAUCCCAUACAGGAAUAUGGCACUAUUCAACCCGAGUCGGUAUUUAAUGAGCUUAGUGCGGAUCGAGAUGGCGAGUGA